UCUUAACAGAAAAUGGAAUUCUUGCACAGAGCAAAAGUGUUUCGGCUAAAACGCAGUGGGCAAAGCAAGUACCUGAUAGCUCACAAAGACGAGGAAACCAUCAAGCAAAGUCGCGAUAAAUCUUCAAACAAUUCCCGUUGGACCUACGAGCUUGUUGAGGGGAAGCCCAAACUCAUCCGACUCAGAAGCUGUUGCAGCUGGAGGUACUUAGCCACCACUGAAGAUCCAUUUCUGUUAGGAAUGACAGGAAAGAAGAUUGUACAGACAAUUAGCAAGGGUCCUAUAGUAGAGUGGGAGCCUAUUAAAGAAGGGUCUUACAUCAAACUUCAGAGUCAUGCAGGUAGUUUCUUAAGGGCUAACCAAGGACCUCCCCCUUGGAGAAAUUCUGUCACCCAUGAUGAGCCAGGUCAUUGGACAGCCACUGAAAACAUGACACUGUGGAUAGUUGAUAUAGUCGAGAUCGAUUAUCAGUCCUCCAGGAUGGGCAACGGUCAUUCUACAUCAACAGAGGAGGUCAAUGUUGCUUCAUCAUCCUGCAAUGUAGCCAAUCAGGAAGUUUUAUGUCCAGCUGCUAGGCCUCCUAUAUAUCAUUUUGCUAAUCUCAAAGCAACAAAUGUUAACAAGUCAGAUAUUGUGUCAGUCCAAUCUACAUCAGGAUGUGUGCAACCACUCCAAGUUAAGAGGUUUAAGCAUACCUUUGACCAAAUGAAGAGCUUAGAAUUUCGUACCUUAUUGUCCUUGGGACAGGACAAGAAGCUAGAGAAUGUAGUUACUGUGCUAAUUGCUGAUGCAAAAUCCAUAGGCCAAGGUAAAUUCACUAGUAAACUUGUCAACAUUCAAGAGCAGCUCAAGUCUAUGAAGAAUUACCAUGAAUCAGCCUCUCAAGUUUUAAUAGAGUAUUCAACAUUCUCUACAAGAAGAUUAAAGAUCAGGGAUGAGCUUAAAAAGGACGCUGUUAAGGCUCGUGAGGUAGAGAAAGUUGAGGUCAAAGUUAACAACACAAUUGCAGAUGUAAGAGCCAAAAGAGAACAACUGAUGAAGCAACUAGAGGACACUGAAAAUGCCAUCAAGGAUGUUAAGAAAGCUCAGGCUGAUAUUGUGCUGGAAGUUGACAAGCUUAUAUCGAGAAUAGAGCAGAAGGGCGAGGGGUUAAAAGAUAUGGAAAGCAAGGAGAGAUCAUGGCGAGCGAGGAAAAUUGAGGCAGAAAGAUUGGUGGACAGAGUUGAGAAAGACUGGGGAAAGGUUAAAACCACAUUUUCAGAAUUAACCGUUAACAAGUAAAUUCUGCAUCAGGCUAUUCAUGUACAAUUUUGCACCUUUUUUUAGAAUAAUCAAAAUGACUAUUGAUUGAUUAGGCCAUACCUUUGAAUAUCAUUUUACAUUAUGCUUUCAGUUUAUACAUGACAAUCAGAAAGAAAGGCUACCAUUGUGUCAA